CUACUAACUCUGCAAGCAAAGCGGCCAAAGCCUCCUCCGUUUGACAAAAUUCAGAAAUAACCCAUGGCGCUCUCACUCUCGCCUUAUGGGGUUGGUGCUGUAAUAAACUUGGGUGCUUUGAAAAGCCAAGUUAACUUCUCACCUAAGAGAUCUCUUGCUUGUAAAAGAAGCAAGAUAGUUGUAUACAAUCAAGGGAGAAAGGCAAUCGCAAACACUUCUUCUGCAAUUGAGAAGCCAUUGACUAAAGAAGAUCUCAUUGCCUUUUUUGCUUCUGGAUGCAAACCAAAGGAAAUGUGGAGAAUAGGUACAGAAAACGAGAAAUUGGGUUUCGAGGUCAAGACUUUGUGCCCUAUGAAAUAUGAACAAGUAGCUGCUUUGCUUAGUGGCAUUGCUGAGAGAUUUGAGUGGGAUAAGGUUAUGGAGAAUGACAAAAUUAUUGGCUUAAAACAGGGAAUGCAAAGCAUAUCACUGGAACCAGGAGGUCAGCUAGAGCUUAGUGGAGCACCUCUAAAGACAUUGCACCAAACUUGUGAUGAGCUCCAUUCACAUCUUUACCAGGUGAAAACUGUUGCUGAAGAAUUGGAAAUUGGUUUCCUAGGAAUUGGCUAUGAACCAAAAUCUAGUUUUGAGGAUGCAACCAUUGUGCCCAAGAGAAAGUUUGACUUUGUAAGAGAGUACUUAGGAAGAGCUAGCUCAUCAGGACCUGACGUGAUGAUGAGAACGUGUACGGUUCAGGUCAAUCUAGACUAUAGUUCGGAAACCGAUAUGAUCAGGAAGUUUCGUGCUAGUCUAGCUUUGCAACCUAUGGCGACUGCUCUCUUCGCAAAUUCCCCUUUUAGUAAUGGAAAACCAACAGGGUGUUUAAGUUUUAGGAGUCAUUUAUACAUAGAUACCGAUAAAGCCCGCACAGGGAUGCUACCUUUUGUUUUCGAUGACUCAUUCGGGUUUGAGCGGUACGUCGAAUAUGCACUUGACCUUCCGAUGUACUUCUUAAAUCGAAACAAAAGCUAUCUCAACUGUAGAGGAAUGACAUUUCGGGAUUUCUUGUCCGGAAAAAUUUCUCAUCUCUCAAAUGAACAACCCACUAUUAACGACUGGGAAAUUCAUUUAGGAACAAUAUGGCCAGAGGUCCGGUUAAAGAAAUUCUUGGAGAUGAGAGGUGCUGAUGGAGGUCCUUGGCCGAUGUUAUGUGCCCUACCAGCUUUUUGGGUGGGUUUGCUCUACGAUGAGAAGUCUCUUCAAACUGUUCUUGAUAUGAUAGUUGACUGGAAUCUUGAAGAAAGAGAGAUGCUUAGAACACAUGUUCCAAUCGCUGGCCUAAAGACAAUGUUUAGAGGUGGUCCUUUGAAACAUGUCGCAGAAGAUGUCCUCAAGCUAGCAAUGGAUGGUUUGGAGCGUAGAGGGUACAAUGAAACCGGUUUCUUGAACCCUAUCGCCGAGGUGGUUAGAACAGGGGUUACGCCUGCACAUAAGCUCUUGGAUUUGUACAAUGGAGAAUGGGGACAAAACAUUGAUCAUGUUUUCGAGGAACUACGGUACUAAAAAGAUGAACUACGACCACGUACGGUAGAGAUGGAAAACACUUUUGGAGUUGAUAUGAAUUAUUGUUCGGUAAUUCAUGGAAUAAGAAUAUUAUUGUUGAAUAAUAAAACGCCUCGUGGUCCUAGCUAGUAGUAGACAUCUAUUUCAGUAUUUGUAUGUGUAACUUAUUUGUUCACAUAUCAACGGGUAAAUUAGAAAAGUUUAAUAAAUCUUUUUUUUUUUUUU